GAUAACUUCAAUAUUGUUAUCGCAUAACAAUAAGUCAAUAAUUGUGGUUUUUAUCAACAUUAUAGGUCUCGACCAACGUCCGCUUUCGCACAUUUUGGCGACAACUAAAAUAUAAUAACAUACCUACCUAUUACGCACGAAUCGCGCGCAGUCGUUGCGUUAGUUUGUUACGCUAAUUCGUUUUUACACAGGAUCAUUGUUAUAAUAGUGCUAGCAGUAUUUUAUAAUACAAAAAAAAAGUAUAUCGGACAGUCGUAUGUACGUAUACCGUUACGAAUCGCACGAUUUCACCACCGUUCAAAACAGUUUCGCAACUAUAGGCACUAGCCCGUUUUCGAUUUCGGUUGUUUCAAUGGUACCGAAUAUUGGCAGUUUAUCAGCGAAUUAACAGCAAAAUCAAUAAUAAUAAUAUUAUUAUUAUUCAUAUCCUGUCUAGGCACUGGUUGACACGUAGUACGUAUGCUCUUCGUUUCAAUUAUAUUGUUAAGUCCCGGUAGUUUUUUUUUUAUUUUCUUACACUGAUCUGAUCGCCAACUGUCAACUGCUCGAGUAUGUAUUUGUAUUUUUCUCGAGUAAAUACCUAGAAUUAUAAUGUUACAAAAUAUGGUAUUCAAAAUGUACAUCCUAGGUAUUAUAGAAAUUAAUAUUGUUAAUGUAGGAUUCUUUUUUCUAUGUAACCACCGGAUUAUUACCUACUUACUUCAAAUGCUCUAAAGUGAAAUUCGAUUUGUUAUUCUGUGUAUUCAAAAUUUUAAAAUUGCAAUAAAAUUGUAGGUAGGUGGGUAUUAAAAAAAUUACUCGCCUACGCUGUUGCCAUUAGAAUACAUAAUAACAUUUUACCUAUAUCUAGUUAUUGGCUAUAUCAACAACAGUGAUUAAAUAUUGUUAUAAGGUUGUUAAAAUUCCAUUUAAUUACACAUUGACUUUUUUUCACCUUAGAUACACAAAUACAAAACAAAUGACCAGUUCAAUGGACGUCAAAUUCAAUGGAUAUGAAUAUCAUAUGAUCAAGAAGUUUACGUCCACGUGUUACGGUAAAAAAAUUAAUUUUAUCGAUAAAGUUAAAUUUCGUAGCAAAACUAGUUUGUGGCAUGAAUUAUUGGCAUAUCUAUUAUCACCUGACGGAGUCUUGAAAAUUUACAAAGUUGAGUGUGCGCCGAGCAAAAACAAUAAUUGGAUCACAGCUGACCACCAGGAUAAUUUUGUGGUAAAAUCUUAUGUUACUAAUAUAAAGUAUUAUAUUUUUUUUAUUUUAUAGGUAGUUGUUUAUUAAUUUACGAAAAUCUUACAAGCUACAAUUACUGCAAUUCUGAUAAAAUCAAUAUGGGUAUUAUAUUUUUUAAAAAUUGCAAGGAAAGAAAACGUCACAAUUUGUUUUGUUUCUGUUUUUGUUUAUUCAUAUCAUUUAAAUUUAAAGUUUUUUACUUUCAUUUUUAAAAAUAUUAUUAUUAAAAUAAAAACCAAAAAGGUUAAUUGUACAAAAAAAAAAAUUAACAAUAAAAUAUAUAUUUAUAAAUCAAUUAAAAUAUUCAAUCACAAACAUUAAAUUAUAAUAGUGAUAAUUAUAAUAACUUUUAGUAAUAUGAGUAAUGUAUAAAUUCAUAUUAUGUAAAAGAUUGGUUACUAUAAUUUUUUGCCUUGUUUACACGUGACGAGUACUCGGCCGAGAGAGUCAACUCGGCCGAGCACUGUCCCGUGUGAACUCAAGGAACUAGUACUCGGCUUAGUAAUCGGACGAGUAAAAUAAGCAGGCGAGUAAAUAGAAACAGUUUCUAUUUGCUGGGCCGUGUGACUACCCCCUACUAUCAAGAUGUAUGGUACUCGGCAUGUCCAAACCGCUAGCCGAGUGUCGUGUAAUGAGUAGUUCAAUAAUUGUGAAUAUAUAUGUGGGGUAGUCACUCGGCAAAGCAAAUACAAUGCGUGUAAACGCUUCACUCAGUCAAUUCCGGUACUAGGCCCAGCAACAUAACGAGUGACACGGCCGAGUACUCGUCACGUGUAAACAAGGCCUUAGGGUUAUUUUUGUUUUCAAUUACCCACCUAAAUAUUAUGUAUUUAAAAAUGCUUUCUGUGCAUAAAAUUUUUACCAUUAUUUUACUUAUAUAAAUUAAUUAAUAUGUUAUAUGGUACAUUAUUUGAUUUUAAAAAAAAAAAUAGUAGGUUCAUGUCUAUUAUAUAUUCAAUGGUAAAUUGAAAUAAAAAUAUAAUGAUAAUAAUAUGAUAUUCAGUAAUACAAUGUACAUUAUCUUAUCAGCUAUUAUAUUCUGUAAAACUAUACCUCCUAUAUUAUUAUUAUUACAAAUUAUAAUUAUUUUUAUAAAUGCCAAUUGUACAAUAAAUUAUCCUUAGAUAUACAUAAACAACUAAAUGGGGAGGUAUUCAUAGAUAAUUAUAAUUAUAUUACCAAUAUCAUUUCAGCAAAAACAAUAUUAUUUUUAUUUUCAGUCAAAUUUUUGUAAAAAUGAAUUGAUAAUAUUAAUUUUUUAGUAUUUAAAUACAAGUAUACAAAUUUCAUGAAAAUACUUUAAAAGUAUUGAAAUACUAGUGUAUAAAUACUUUUAAUCAAUAUUCUUACAAGAUUGCUCAUUUUAAAAUAACAUAAGAUCUAGAUUUUAACGUAAUUAAUAAAACUUGAAUUUAUUGUUAUACCUAAUUUAUUUUUAAUAAACAAAUAAUAUGUGAUUUAUUUAUUUUUAGGUAAAACGUAAAUUGAAAGCCAUAAUUCAUACUAAUGAAGGACGUAUACAGUGUUCCAAGAAUUCAAAAGAUGUGAGUUAUGACUUAAUUAAAUAACUGUUUAAAAUAAAUACUUAUUACUUAUUAAUAGAGCUUGGAUUUAAAUGUACUUAAAAUUGAUAAAAAAUAUUUAAAAAUAAAUGGAUAUACUUCGCAUGAUGGAUGGGCCACUGCUGUAUGUGUGAAGUUGGGAAGGCAGAGAGAAAAUUUAAUGUAUAUUUGUAGCCAAAGAUUAAUCAUUGCUAACAAAAAAAAAAAUCUGAGCGGAGUUCGAUUAUACAAUUUUAAAAUAAAAUAUUUUGUAUAUUAUCCCAUUUAUUUGGAAACCCCCUAAGAAAAUAAAAAAUGUCUUUUAACCUUUUAGCAGGUGUGCCUCUAGAUUCUAAGAUGUUUUUCAAAUAUAUAAUAUAUUAUUAUAAAGGAUAAAAAAAGGAUUUUUAAUACAAAUACUGUUAGGAAAUAUUUUACUCUUAUUUAUAUAUUUUGUUAUGUGUUUAUGCAUACUUUUUUUUAUUAUAUUAUACCUAUUCUAAAAUAUAAUUAUUAAUAAAAACAAACUGUUUUUCUUCUUCUACUAUCAAAUAGUCUAUUCUGAUAAACUGUCAUACUUCUGACAUAUUAUUUUUAUAAAAUAUAGGCAAAGUAUAUUAUUUAAAUAUGAAAAAAAUGAUUUCACAACCAGGUGUUUUAUUAGACAGAGUUGACUGAAAUAUACAUUGGUAAUAAAUUGAAAAAUACAUUAACAAAGAUAACAGUUAUUAAGUAUUAAUAACAUAUAUGUCAUUGUGGAAUAAGAAAAACCCAUAUAUAAACCAGGCCACAUGGAGAAAAUUUAUGACAAUAAAGUUAUAAUAUUAUCGUUCAAAAUAUGCAUAGAUGCCUGCUGUAAAAUUAAGAAAAAGUACCACACUUGAAAAUCUGAACAAAAUUUCUGGUAGAAAAGUUAAUCACAGAAAAAAAAAACAUUAUUAUAAAACAGAUACAUUCCUUACUCCGCUCAGAAUCUAAAACCAAAAAUGGUAUAGGGGUUUUAAAUUCCUUCUAAUAACUCUUAUUUAUUAAAUACAAUUUUCUAACAUUAUACAAAUGAUUAACACAAAUUUUUAAGUGAUUUUUUGUCAUUUACAACAUUUACAGUUAGUUUUUUUUUAUUAGUUUUAAUUUAAAGUACAUUUAAAUCUGGGCCCUUCAUAUUAAUUAUCACUGAUUUGUAAUCGUUCACAGGUAAGUAAUUCAUUAUUAGAAGAUAGAAAUUAUAUUGUGGAAGUGAUAGAAAAUUAUCCUCUGCGCUUGUUGACAUUUUUGAAAGUAGAAUUAAAUCAGUAUCUAAAAUCAUUAAAUAUUCCAUGUUCUACACCAUUAUCAAGAUAUAUAGAACGAUACAAUAUUCAAGAAAUGUAUCUAGACAACAUUUUAAAAAUUAUGGAUGAUAGUAAACUUCCUUCAGAGGUAACUUCAUCAUAUUAAGUAUAUUAUUUAAUUAAAUAGAAUAGUAAUUUUAUUUAUUUAAUAAUAAUGUAAAGAAAUUUCUAUGUGUACAUUAUAUAUAUAUAUAUAUAUUUGUUAUUUAGUAGUAUGAUUUUUGUUAUUUAAUACUAAAUGUAGCCUGAUGGCUUCCAGCUGAAACUAGUAGUUCACAAAUAUAUUUGUUAUAAUCUUGGGUAUAAAUGUACACAAUUUCUUUUGACUUAGUUAAGUUAUUUAUUUUAUAUGUAUAUAAAUACUCAAAAUCAGUUAAACCCAAAGUGUAUUAGUUUAAAUUAAUUGUAAUUGUUAAUAACCAUUAACCAUGUACAAAUGUAAAAUUAGUUAGUUAAAUGCUUUAUACUAUUAGUUUAAUGUUUAAUGUUAUUACUUGAAAUACUAGGUGUAAUUAGUAAAAUUUUAAUAUAUUCCAACUUUAUUAGAUGCUUUUUAUAAAUAUAGAUUUGUUCGAUUCUAUAGAUAAUGCCACAGUUUAAGUCUUACUCACGAUGAUGCAACAGAAGACCAGCGUUCUGUGCUGUUAUUCUUGUAUAGCUCACAAUGGGCAUAAUUUGUGUACAUUAAAGUAGAGAAUCCAGAAUGUAACCACAAAAUUCUAUUUGUAGUUACACAAAAUAAAUUAAAGUAAAAACAAAACUCAUUAAUAAAAAAAUGCUUUUUAUAGAAAAGCUCUAAAUUGGAAAAAUAAAUAAUUAUCAUCCCAAAAAGAUGAUAUAAAGAAGUAAAAUUUUCUAAACUUGGAUAAUUUAGAGCGAAAAUUUAAAUAUCACCCUCUAGCAAGAAAUUAACAUUUUUUAACGUUUAAAACAUUUUAAAAACCACAUAAGAGUAUUAGUUAAUCAUACAUUUUGCAAUUGAUUCAUGAUAAUUUGUUGAAGUUUUGAAUGCUUUUUACAAUUUUUUUUAAAUUUUAAAAAUUAAUAAUAAUGCUUUUUACAAUUUUUUUUUAAAUUUUAAAAAUUCAUUCUCUUGUUAGAGGGAAAUAUUUACAUUUUUAUUUUAAAAUAAUUUUAGUUUUAAAAAACUGAACUUCUUUAUUUAUGCCAUCUCUUUGGAAGAUAACUUGUUUAUUAUCUGCAAUUUAUAGCGUCUCAAUAAAAAGCAUCUUCUCCUAAAAUUUGUAUUUUUCACUUUAAUUUAUUCUUCUUACUCAUUAACACUUUUUGGUAUUACUAGUUUUAAUUAGUGAAUAAAAUUCUAUUUCUAACUGCUUUCUGGUUUUCACUUUCUUUUAUUUGAAAAUAAUUAAUCUUUUACUUACCCAAUUAGAUUUUCCACUGCAAGAAUAUUAAAAUUUUAUCACUCAAACACAAUUACUUGCGGCAAAUACCAAGUGCAAUUGGUCGGUUAUCAAAACUUGAAGUGCUUAUACUAACGGAUAACUUGUUAACUGUCCAAUCCAUUCCAUUCAGUCUAAAAUUUUGUACAAAUCUUAAAGAACUCUAUGUUGAUGAUAACCAACUUGAAGCAUUACCUGGUUUUUUAACAAGCAUGAACCAUUUAGAAUUAGUUUAUAGACUUGGUAACCGAAAUUACUUUAAAUCAUUUUUUUUGUGGUAUCAUACUGACUAUGAUAAUAGGUAAAUAUAAUGGUUUUAAAGAUAUUUGAUACCUAAUUAAACUAACAAUCCAUUUGUUAUUAUAGAGUCCGAAAAGAAAUUUGGAAAAACUAUUGGGUACGUGGAGAUCAAACUUCAACUCCAGUUGUACAUUCUCUAUUAGAUAUCUGUAUUGAGAAAAUAUUUUCUUCAGGAAUUAAUUUUUUCAACGAGGAAAUUCCUGAGUCAAUUAAACAUUACAUGUCAUUGACUUAUUUAAAUUAUAAUAUAUGUAACAACUGUAAUAUUGCAACUGACUGUUCAAAACCAGGUUAUUUAAUUAAUAAUACUCAAAAAAAAUUAUGAAAAUUGAUUUGAUAUUUUUGAUAACAGGAUUUAGUACAGUGACAUUUCUAACUCCUUAUUUGGGAAAUACAUGUGUGCCAUUUCAACAUUGGGCUUGUUCAAUAGAAUGUGUUCUCGCUAUUGAAGGUCCUGCAAAAAAAUUACAAUUGGAAGGUGCCAAGAAGCUUGAUAACGAAUAUUCUCAUUAUAUAGCUAAGUCUAAUAAAACUAUUGAAAAUUGUAAUUUAAAACUAAAACGUAACAGAUGUUGUAUUAGUUAAAACUGUUCUACAUGUUCAUAAUUGAUAAAUGUUUUUUUAUUAAUAAUUGUUGAGACUGAUGAAUUAUCAACUGAAUAAUAUUAUGAUAAUUAUUGUGAUAUAGUAUGACUAUUUCAGUUAUUUACUCAACUAUUUAAAAUAUAAGCCGUUAUACAAAUUUAAGUUACUGGAUAAUAUGUAACUAAUAAAAAUAUAAAGUUUAAUAUUUUUUUUAAUUUUAAAUUGGUAAAUUGUUUUACUCUGUCAUGUGGUAUGAUAUAAUAAUAUGAUUAUAAAUGUACAUUUAAUUUUAAUAAAUAAUAAUAAUGAUAGAAAUUGUUAAUUCCAUGCAUGUAUUAGUUUUUACUUUUUCAUUUUUUUUUCUUGUGUAUGGUUUUGGAAUUGUUUAAAUGAUUUAAAUUAUUAAAAAUACUGCUGUAAUCAUAAAUUAAAUUUUUCCUAUGAGAACUGCACCAUUAUCACUGAAUAAGCCUAAGAAGAAUAUUAUAUACAAUGUUUGUUUCCUGAUAAGGUCCAAAAGUAAAUACCUAUAAUAAUAUGAACAAUAAAAGGGAAGAUUUAUAUAAUAAAAUAAAAUAUAUUAUUAGGAAGGUAGGUACAGUGGCCUACUUACCGUAGUAGGAAGGGAUCCAAAGGUGCUAUAAAUUUUUUGACCUGAAUACCACUGUGUUAUUGUGC